AUGCCCGGCAAACACGUCCACUUCGUCCAGGACAUCGGGCCCUCCACGCCCUCGCCGUCCUACUCAACCUCCACCCUGCCCUCGUCCCCGGGCGCGCUCACCCCGCCUUCGCUCGGGUAUGGGUCGCCGUACCGCUGUGCGCCGCUGCCGCCUGCACACUCUUACUCUCCCUCGCACCACACGCCCUCGUACGCGCAGCACGCGGCACCAACACCGACGCCCCCCGUCUUCAUCCACCGCGCCCUCGCACCGCACGCCCCUCUAAUCCUCUACGACCUCACCCUCCCCCCCACCCACAUCACGCCCCUCCCCUCCACACCACCGCUCCCCCCCUCCCUCUUCUCCGAGCCAGCCACCAACCCCCGCCUCCCCUACAUGCUCCUCCAAUGCGCCCUGCUCCCCUACACACUCACCAUCACCCCCCGCUCAACCUCGCGUUCCUAUAUCACCGUCGGGGACCUGCUCUAUGGGCUCUACGAGGGCCUGAGGGUGGGGGUGCGCCCGGAGGAGCUGGGGGCCCAGGGGAAGGAGACCUCAACCCUCUACCCAAGCAUGUCAGACGUUACAGAGGCGUCGAGGGUCAACAGGGUGCAUUUCACCCCCGUCGACAUCCUCACGAGCCUUCCUGGACGAGAUGUUUCGUCGGGUUCUCGCCCUGCACCAACGACUCCACAGGCGUCUCCGCCUUUGCGUUUAAUAUCGACGCCAUCCCCGACGAACUCUUUAUCCACGGUAUCAACUGGCGGCCCUAUUACACCACCUCCAAAUUCCAUAUCCGAUCCCAACUCGCCGACCUCGGUGUCCGGAAUCGUGAUCCACAGGAGCCUAGCCGCUCCAACAAUGAUACCGUGGGACGUAUCGCGAGAACUUUCCGAUGAAGGCGCCAUACCCGACCUCAAGAAUAUCGGUGACAAAGCCGCCAUUUGCAAUAACGGUCACCCCUUGAAGACGAUACGAAUCCGUCUUCCAGCAAUAGGUGUUGCCGUCGAUGUUCACGGUGCCAAGAGCCGUGUCACGAUUCGAGACGUCCUGCGUGGUAUUUAUGCAGAGCUCCAGAACGCCCCAAGGGACGAUGUCUGGUCAAGUCUACCCAAAGACUUCAAAGACGCGGUUAACAGAAUGCAUAAACAGCGCUCCCCGAAGAGGGAUGACUGGCUAAGGUAUAUUGACUUCCUCGGCCACAACGUGAACUUUCAUGGUCUUCAACCUGUCGAAGGUAAUUCAAAGGAAUGGAACGUGCUAUUCAGCCCAGCAACUAGGUCAUAG